GUGGAGUCCUGGGUGAAAACCGAUCUGUGGAAAAUUGGGGAGGAAAUAGCCUUCACGGGAUCAGCGUUGCAGUAUAGAGUUACGGCGUAGGCCCCUCCCCCUGUCUGGCUCGCUCUUUUUUCUCAACCUCUCGGUUGGCUUUCCGAGAGGACUCGCACCAGUUCACGCUCAGACCGCUGAGAAAUAGCAGGCAGAAGAUGGCUGACUCGACGGGGCACUGUGAGCCCGCAACAGCAGCAGCACCACCAGCAGCAGCAGCAGCAUCAACUUCACUGGGGCUUCUGGCGCGCCUGCCAUUCGCUGCCAGUCUGCAACUCUAAAACGGCCCCGCCUCACUCAGUGCCGUGCGCUCCCGGGUUUUACCCCCAAAUAUUGACAGAGAUUUAAAGAAAACAUGGCUGAGAUGGAGAAAGAGGGAAGACCCCCGGAAAACAAGAGGAGCAGAAAACCAGCUCACCCCGUGAAGAGGGAAAUUAACGCAGAGAUGAAGGUCCCGUCCAAUCGGCCCCACCCAGGGAUGGGGCAGGCAGGCAAUCUCCAUGGCAACUCGCCCUACUUGAUGAGUUUUGCAGAAAACACCAUGAAUGAGUUGCUUGGAUGGUACGGAUAUGACAAAGUGGAGUUACGAGACUCAGACGAUAUUGACAUCCGUAACUACCCUGAUGGAGAAAUGCGGCAGCACAUCUCUGUCCUGAAAGAGAACUCUUUGCCAAAAGCAUUCGCAGUGGAGAACAGCACUGGUUCCCCUCCACACGCCAAAAGCUCUGGCUCCACUCCGACAUCACGUAAUGGAGUGCCGGCUGAGGUACCUGCAAACCCUUCCUCCUCCAAGGAGCAUGGAGGCCUGCCAAUCAUAGUGCCCUUAAUCCCGCCCCCUCUGAUCAAAGCACCAGCAGAGGAGGACACCUCUAAUGUUCAGAUAAUGUGUGCGUGGUGUCAGAAGGUGGGAGUUAAACGAUAUUCUCUCAGUAUGGGCUCUGAGCUGAAGAGUUUCUGUAGUGAGAAAUGCUUCGCUGCCUGUCGACGUGCCUACUUCAAACGCAACAAGCUUGGAUAUGUGAGGAAUUGCAGUGCCAGAGAGGAGGAGGGCGUUCCACACCACAGCUUGUCCAAAGACACGCCCAGACUUGUGCUCAAGACAAACAGCGAUGUGCUUGUCUGUGAUUGGUGCAAACACAUCCGCCACACUAAGGAAUACCUGGAUUUUGGCGCAGGCGAAAGGCGUCUCCAGUUUUGCAGUGCAAAGUGUCUGAACCAAUAUAAGAUGGACAUAUUCUAUAAAGAGACUCAGGCUGCGCUGCCAGGGGGAUUGUGUAACCCGUCUCUCCCUGCGGGAGAUACAAAAUCAGAGAGUGGAGCAGGUGUACAGCUCCUGACACCUGAGUCCUGGAGCUCACCUCUGAAUGAGCUACGCGGUCGCAAGGCACCGUCACCAGCGGGCGCCACCCCUGUAGCUGGACCCUCUGGAUCUGGGUCUGGGUCACCGUCCGAAACUGGAACUGUGUGUUCAUCCUCGUCUUCGUCAUCAUCUUCAUCCUCGUCUAUGAAAAUCCCCACACCACGGCCACAUGAGAGCCCCAUGUUACCGCACUAUCCCCCACCGCCUAUAUCUGGCUUCCACCCGGCUCUGGGUGUGCCGCCCGGCAACCCGCCGAUGGUCAUGACUCCCCGUGGUCCGGUUCCUCUUCCUAUCUUUAUGGAGCAUCAGAUGAUGCAGCAAAUUCGCCCUCCAUUCUUACGCCCCCCAGGCCUCAACAGCCCUCAUUCCAAUCCCAUGAUUCCCGGAAUCGGACCACCACCCCCUACUCGGACUUUGGGUCCUCCGUCAAGCCCCAUGCACCGCCCACUGCACUCUCCCCAGGUUCACCCAUCAUCCACUCCAACCCUUUCUGGAAACCCUCCAGGUAUGAUGUAUCCUCAACCCGGCACCCACAUGCCAGCAUUGCCUUUCCCAGUUAACAUGAUGUCAGCUGGACCCAUUCCUCUACCGCCCAUUAUGAAUUUUGGCAUGCCUUCUCUUGCCCCUUUAGUGCCACCACCAACAUUAUUAGUGCCCUAUCCAGUUAUUGUGCCAUUACCAGUGCCCAUACCCAUACCAGUGCCCAUACCAUUCAGUCCGCAGGCAUCAGGUGAUCGACCAGGAAAUGAUUUAACGCUUCCGAACGCUGCAGGCGAGCGCAGUAAUUCAAAGGCACCACCCUCGUUUUCUCCCAGCUCCUCUAGAGGGGACAGGAGGGACUUUCACCAAGCCCCGCCCACCUCAGAUACACUCUCACCAGACUUUUCUAAACAGACAGAGCAGAGUAGGACAAACAUGGUGGAUGUGAUGGUUAAAACGGAAAACAAUGGGAACGUAAGCUCUGGACACUUCCACAAAGACACACCAGCAGAUGGAGUCAUUGAUCUAACAACCAAUCGGCGCUCACGGCAACAGCUAGUCAUUCAGAGGGCUGUAACCUGUAUGCAGGUAAAGGCAGAGCCUGGGAUGAGCCCACCACCUCUACAGUUGGCUGAAGCUGAGGUGGAUGGGAUAGCCAGUACUAGCACAAGCGAAACAGAGGAUAAUCAUAUAGACAGUAAUGCUAAAAGCCCAUUGGCUAGCGUGACAUUGCCAUGUUCUGACCCCUCCUACUGCAAUGGCACUCCGCCUCUUUCUCAGCCAAUCACAUGCAGCACUAAAAUUGUUCCUAGCGACAUCUCCACAGCAAAAACUGAGCCUGGCUCUGCUACACCCUGCAACGUGAUUGUCAAUGGGAGCAGUAAUGUGCCAUCUGCAGAAGGUUCAAUCAGGACUCCACCGUUAGAUCAUCGACCUCUGGUGGAGCCCUGCCGCAGGACCGCCGCUAUGUGUGACGAACCCGCUGCGACAGAUCUAGAAGGAGAGGACCUAAAAGAAAACAGCUGCCUGGCCACAGAAAAAGACUCAGCAGGUAAGAGGAGUUUAAAUGACCAGUCCGCUAUUACAACAGGGACAGGAGAGGACAAACCACAGAGCACUGAAGAUGUUCCAUCUGGUGAGGACCAUGCCUACGCUCUGCCCCUAAUGCCCAAACCCGGCUGUGUCAUUCAGCCCGUGCCCAGACCUGCUGACAAAACCACUGCCAUCCUGCCAUGUGGCUUGACAGCUCCAUUAACAGGAACAGUGGCUAUGGAAAUGGAGCCUCCGCUGAAGAGAAGGUGUCUGCGUAUCCGCAAUCAGAACAAGUGAAACAGAGAACGGACAGAUGUUAACAUCUCACCAAAGGGAUAAAGAGGAUUGGACUGCAGCAGAGACCAUCAGCUGUCCACAAACUCACAAUCCUGUCAAUCAAAACGUCAACCCUGUUUCUCUACUCUUCUAACCCCCCACCAUACACACACACACGCACACACACACACACACACGCACACACAUUGUUACAAUAUGCAGACAUAUCAUCCAGAUUGGACAGCAAUCUGUUUUAUCUUCACCCCUUUUGGCUAAACAGAGGAUGACACAAAGUGUCAAUCUGAAAACCAGACUGGCUUUGAUGUUUGACCUUCAGUUGCAAUGUCUUGAGGCACGAAAUGAUUCCCAUCCACUUCACAAUCUCCAUCCAUGACUAGCUGAACCCCCCCCCCCUACUGGGUGACAGCAGUAUUACAAUGCUGAAGACUACAGUGCAUACAGUACAUGGAUUUCCAAGAGUUGCCAUUGGUCCACAUGGCCUGCAUCUCUUGUGGUUUAUAGUAAUACGAGUGUUCAGUCAGAGAGGCUUAACACGGACCAGAGCAGCACACAAGAUGCAUAAUGAAUGCAAGAAACAUCCUGAACUCUCUCUCCGCUCAAAUCUUUCCCUCUCAAUCUCCUUUCCUUCACUAUGUGUAUCUCCAACACCAGCAAAACACUGUUCUUUUAUUCUGCCUCUUCUUUUCCAGUCUGAGGGAGAAGUGUUCAGCAACCGGACACCAAAUAAGACAGAGAGACAAAGACACACCCUGGAGGGAGGAAAAUAAUCACAAAACAGAAAUGGGAUAAACAUUCAUUUUAUGUUCAGAAUGAAACAGUAAAAUGAUCCUCUGUUGGAGCAGGAUGGACAGAUGACAGAAAAAUUGAAGAAACGUGGAUUGUUUGCUGGUUUAUCUGCGUAUACUUGUGCAAUGACAAAUUCACUGAUUUGAUUGAGGAUAACAGGGUACAGACCUCAUCAAGCAUUAUAGCCAACUGGUAAAAUGGCUGCUAGCCUUGCGGCCAUCGGCUUGGAGACUGUUCCACCCACAUGGCAAAAACAGCGAGCCGAUUCCUAUAGAUACACGUCACAUAGCUCAAUGAAUAGUUGGUCUAACACUGCUGGUGGGUUGUGUACUGUACACAUUGUUCUUAUGGAUCCGAUUUCUAAAAGGAAACCAUCGUCCAUGGGGACACUCGGGUUUGGUUUCUCAUCGUUUAUAUCAGAAUCCAUCUUACCACGGUGCUCUAGCUAAAGGUUUGAAUGAGAACAAUCUCUCCUGGGUUUUCUAUCGGUGUACAGUCAAAACCAGUUGAGCGUUUUGGUCAGCAGUGAGGUGGUGUCAAAGGUGCAUUCACGAGGUUUGUUUUUGUUUUUUAUGCUUUUUUUGCCAAAUCCUAAUCAGUGCUACAUUACAUUCAUCACAUCCUGCUAUGGCAUCAGAAAGCGGUUUCAUUCACAUUUACAAGGUGACUCAGUAUAGAGUUCACACACAGGAUGCCAAGAACAUUUUACUGAAAGGUAGAGGCCGGUUUGGUUAGGUGGUCGAAGAGCCAAAAUGAUAUUUGUUACAAAGAGUACUGUAGGAGCUGAAUGCAUGGUUAGCAACUGUAUGCAUCUGUUUUUUGUUUGACAGGAGCUUGAGUUUUUUUUUAAUUAAGUUUUAAUUUGUAUGUUAAAAAGAGAGAGUCACAUUUCUUUACUAACUUCGGCCAAAUUCAGUUUGACAAACAAGCAAAUUUACUUAAAUUAUUUUGAAAGAAUAAUGUGGUGUCAACAUUUUGUCUGACAAAAUGUAAAAAAAUCACAGAAAGAAAAUUCAGGCAUACAUGAAAAGAGGAAGUUAAACUAAAAGUAAAACUUCCUGUAAGCAUUUUUUAAAAGUUACAUUUGUUUUGUUUCUCAACUCACCAUCUGCCAGUAUUGACCCAAAUCUCCCUACAGUACUUUGACAUUCAAACUUUUCCAUCUUUUCCCCAUUGCCCUCUGCUCCUGAAUGAUGUAUAAAGAGCUGUGGAUUCCUGCCCUAUUCCUCUACUUUUCCUGCAGGAUUUGGUUUCACAGUGGUAUAUUUUUUAAGAGCAGGCUCAGAGGUCUAAUGAGUAAGGACUGGAUUUCUCUCUUGGGUUCCUAUGUGGCUAGGUCUCAUUCCAGUGUCAGAUUUAUACACACACAUUCCUGUGUCAGAUUUAUUUUGUCAGUGCUGAAAUGGUUGGCCUCUGUCUGGAUAGAAGUGUAGAGUAUGGAUUGAUAAAAGGGCAAAGAUGCACAAACUGUAUGGGAGAAAUAGUGGAACAGAGUUGAGAUCUCAGAUUCAUGACACCGUGUGUGCAGUGCUAUCAAUCGAAUCAAAUGUUGAUUUUAAUUGGUUAAACAUUUACAUUAAUGCAUCUAAAGUGAAUGCAUUCAGGCUAUACAUUUUUUGUGCUCCCUGGAAAUCAAACCCACGACAUUUGCGCUACUUAACACAAUGCUGCACCGAUUGAGCUACAGUGUUGAAGACUGAAAAACAGCAUUGUGUGUCUCAUGUUGACUCAGAUGUCCUCCCUCUUUAUUUCUACAACAUUCACUAUCCUCCCGUUUCAUAAUUAGCAUUUUCUCCUAUGUUAUCUUGUUUUUCUUUUUUAAAUUACAAUUAAGUUAUUGCUAAAUAUAACAUCAUAUGAGUAUGUUUUCUGAACUCUCCUAGCCUUGGCUCUGCUUGGCAACCACAUCCGUUACCAUGACUACUUAAGUCAUUGCUAAGGAAACAUUUGAUGCAUUCAUGUGAUGAUGAAUUUAGAAUCCUGUUUUAAGAUGGAUUAUGUCAUUAGGACUUAACACUCGUGCACACGCACACACACACACAGUUUAAAUUCAUCAAAGCUAAAGUUUUAAUGUAUUCAUAGCACUUAUCCUAGGGAAAACUAGCCAUCUGUUUACCAACACAUAAGAGAAAAUUAUUUAUUUAAACAAACUGUCCUCCUGAAUAAACAUUAGCGCAUACCACUAUAACCCCCAAAAACUCACACCAAAGAUUCAGACAUGAAAUAUGAUUUUUUUCACUCAUUCGUGUGUGUGUGACCUUGCUGUUGUAACUAGAGCAGCACAGACUGGGCUGGGACAGAUAUAGCUCUGAAACUCAACACUGUUGUAGUGUCUGCGGUCCCACACAGACAAGACAAUGACACCAGCAGAAAAAUGUGUGUUUGAGUGUGUGUAGGCCACAGCAGAUGAUUCUGUCCUUGACAACAACAGAGACUGUGUGUGUACGUUGUGAGAUCAUUGCACUUAUGGUAAACACUGUAAAAGUACAUCUAUCCCAAACAGAGAGUUGUGCACACUCACAGUAUACAUCUGAUCCAAUUCCCGCACAAGAUUUCAUUGCCAUUAUACAGUAGCAUGUAUUAGAAAUUGAAUUAAACCAUUUUUGAUUCUGCAUUACUUAGUAGCGGUCCUGAGUGUUAAGCACCCAGUGUGUCCAUUAGGGGGCAAUGAAGUCUGUGAACGAAGCUGUAAAGCUGAAUUUAGAUUUAAAACAGUUCAAACAAUCUGAAAUAACCUUAGAAGAGAGUUGGCUAAAGUGCAAUACUGUAAUCCAAGAGCGUUUCAAAGGAUAUACUAUAGAGGCGCCUGUUAUAGUGGCCAAACCGUCUUUCAGCCCCAAAGCCGGGUAUAGAAGUAGCAUUUGUUUUUUUAUCCACCAAAAUUGGUCUAAAAUGUUGGAGAGCUUCUGUUUAAUCAGAGAGGGGAACUUGAGUACUGCUUUGGCAAAGGAUUGGUGGCCACACACACACAAAAACAUAUACACAAACUCCAAAAUACCAGCAAAACCACCAGUCCCAUCCUUCACCAUGCACUGUUACAUGAACGAAAGUAAAACAGUAUAAUCAAAGCAAAGCACUCCCACCUCACUUCUACUGCAAUGCUGUAAAAUCAAGUAAAGGUCACAAUGAUCACAAUGAUCAAAGCAUGAAUCAAAAGGGUAAUAUCACAAUAUUCCUGUAGCCAUGAAAGAGGCAUUGUCGAUCGGUGAGCUUAUAAACAGAACGGCUUUGUCAACAGCCAGAAUUAUGCAACAACAAAUUCCUAUUUCUGCACUCUGUGUGAGAGGCACUAUGUCUGUGUACAUCAAAAACAAAAAAAGAAGCAAGCUGCAGUUUUUAAGGAUCAAAUGUUAAAACCUUUUUUCGAGGUCGAGAUCUGAGCUGCCUUAAUUCUUUCUGUGCUCUGUAAGUAACACCUGCUUGUUUCAAUCCCACUUUGUAAAAACACACAAAUAACAAAACCAACUUUGUUAUCUGGCUAGUAUGGAUGUAUAGAUGCUUUGUCUGUAUGAAUCAGAGAUUUUGCUAAAUUUGCUCACCAUCCCUUGACCCCAAACCCUUGUACAUUUACCCUUGUUGUUGUUUCGCAAUCUUUUUUGUGUACUUGCAGAACAUUUUAUAGUAUUAUUUAUUACUGGCAAGCCUUUGCAUUUGCAAAUAAUAAUAAAAAAUACAUGAAAGAUGGUUCUUUGAACAGGGUAGCAAGAGGCAGCCAAGCUGCCCAAUGAAAAGUCUGUGUUUGUUUGUUUUUGUUUGUUUAUUUGUUUUCUAAAUUAAGGAUGGAAACAGCAAGAGCAAAAGAAAAAAGAUAAACUUGUCUUUUGAUUAUGAAGUUGUUAUAAAACUUGUUGCUUUCAAAUGUAUAAUUUUUGUGCUGUAACAGUAUUUGUUUAAUCCAGUGAAUUGCUUAUUAAAACAAAUAAAUAGAGGCACACUCCAAUUCUCAAAGUCUUGAUU